AUGGAGAUCCUCAGCAGGUUACCCGUGCUGUCUCUUCUUCAAUUCAAAUGUGUAUCAAAAUUUUGGAAGGCAUUUAUCUCUGAUUGUUACUUUAAGAUGAAGCAUCUAAGUCAUGCAAAGAAUGACCAAAAUUCCCAAAAAUUUCUUACGAGCCAAAUGUGCAUGGAUAAGGAUGAUAUGUUUAACUUCUAUCGUUCUUCUUUAUCGUCAGUUCAAGUGGUUGAGGAUGAACAAAAACUUGAUUGCCCUUCAAGCUGCAAGCCAGUGAAUUGCAUGUUGUUUUGUUGUUGUGAUGGGCUCGUUCUUCUCGCAGUUUGUGAUAGACUUGUUGAACACCUUUUACUGUGGAACCCCUCCACAAGAGAAUCCAUACUACUUCCUCAUCCAGAAUCUCCAUUGAUAGAUUGUGUUUUCGGAAUGGGAUAUGAUGCAACUAGUGAUGACUAUAAGAUCCUUACUGUUAACCUGAAUAGAAUUCGCCCCGGAAUAUCCGCUGAAAUUCUUGCUCUAAAAAGUGGUUCCUGGAGAAAAAAUGGUAAAUAUCCUACUGGCAGUCAUGAUGUGUGUGGUUUUAUGGACUGUGGUACAGAUUCUUUGGCAUUUGUACAUGGAGCAUUUCAUUGGCUUGGUUUGUCACUAUAUUAUACUAUCCUCUCAUUUGAUAUUUCAAAUGAAGUAUACGGAGAAAUACCGUUGCUAGAGCGAAUGUACAACAUAUUCAACCAGCGUUUCAUCGAGCGUGGCGUUUCAGUAUUGGGAGGAAUGCUAUGCUUUUAUUCUACAUAUCAUAAUUUGGGGCCGGGUACUUUUAAUUUAUGGGUAAUGAAAGACUAUGGGAUCAAGGAAUCUUGGGUUCCAUUUCUUAAAAUACAAGAUACUAAUCUUGUUUAUUCAGUCAAACCGAAAUAUAUGUUUGUGGAUGGUGCAGUGCUAUUAUGCUGCAAACAUACGAGACUAACUGGUUCUGUAUAUAGGACAUCCAGAGAAUCAUUUAAAUUAUGGCCUCAAUGUUCUCCUACCAAGAAGCAAGGAAUGGCUUAUACAGAGAGCUUGAUCUCUCCGAAAUUACUUAUUUAA